GCUGCCCGUCGGAGAAGCUCAGUGUGGGGCACGCUCCCGGCCGGGAAGGAGGGUUUUGCCGGGUGCUGCAGGUGGUCUUGUUAGCUCGUGUUUACCUGCCGACAGACCCUCGGGACGUGCCGGGAGGUGGUUCUCGUCCCCAGCUUGUUUCUUGAGUGAUUUCAAACUUAGAGCCACUAUUUGUCUUUCUCUAAUUCAAAUACUGCUGGCGGGAAGGACGUGUAUGCCCUCACUGAUCUCCUCGGAAGCUUUAACCUGUGGUAGCGCAUAUCCUAGUUGUAGCAACAUGCACAGGUGACGGAAAAAAAAGCACUGUGCAAAUAAUGUGAAUGGGCUACGGAAGAGUGUAGGCGAGAACAACCAGUGUAUGCAAUUAAAGUCAUUUUGUAUAGUGUGUGUAUAUUUGAGAAAAAUACAACAUAAGGUAAAAAGGCGAAUAUAGUGCUUUUUUUUGGGUGUAUAGUGAAAGGAAGUAAUCAGCUGGAUAUAUAAGAAGAAAAGCCUCUAUAUCACCACCACCAUUACCACCACCACCGCCUCCGCCACCACCGCCACCACGAGCUAUUCACAUCAAGGUUUCACCACCCACACCCUCACCAUGACGACCAGGGUGGCAGUGAGCUCAAGCGUGACGUACGAUGACUUGCCUGAUGGGGCGUGCUUCCACCGCCCUCACCUACAAGAGGCAGACUACCCCCCCACCCCUCUGCCCACACCAGUCCUUACCCCUCGCCCUGUCCCAGAGUCUCUGCCCCGCCACGUGCCCCGCCAUGCGACCUCCAACCCCCAGACACUCAAGCCUCACGCCAAGCCCUCCCCCACUCCUUUCCCAACUCCCUUGCCCUCACCCCUGCCAACCCCCAUGGCCACGCCAAAAAACACACCUGAAGGCACUCCAGACGCCACACCCGCUCCCACUCCCAUACCUACUCGCCCCACCACGCCAGGUCUCGUCACAGGGCCUUUUAUGGCUCAGCCUUCGCUCACGCCGACUUCAGUGGUGGCCAUCGUGGAGUACACGGGGUCGUUCACGGUGGUGGGCCACGACCAAGCCUCCAGGACCGAGUACGUCAGGACGCAACUCAAGCAAAUGAGGGAACGGGCCAAGAGCAAACCUGUACUCCUCGUCAUCUCCCUCGCUGGUGUGAAGGUGUGCAGUCCCGAUGGAAAGACGGUGUACAUGGCCCACGCCCUGAGGAGGAUCAGCUACGCCACAUGUGACCCUGAGAACCGACAAUUCAGCUUCCUGGCGCGGGAACCCAAGGGCCACUUCUCCCUGCAGUACUGCCACGCGUUCCUCACCCACACGCCCGACCAGGUAAGAAUGAAUCGACAGAGAAGGAAACCAAAACGCCAGCUGGUGGCUGAGGAACUAAACAGCAUCGUCGGACACGCCUUUCGCCUUGCAUACGCAGCACACCUUCAGAAGUCCGGGGCCACUGUCCGUGAUGUCAUCCCCACACACUCCCACGGCAAUACUCCUCCGCUCCCUAACACUCUAGCUCACCACCCAAGUCAGUCACACUCACACACUCACACGCCUUCUCCUUCUGGUACCCCACUUCACAUCCACGCCCAGACCCACACCACCCACACCCACCCUCACCAGAGAGCGUGCGACCACAACUGCUCUCCGUCACCACUCCAGGCGAUAGCAGCGUCCCGGGAUUCUAGUCCCAGCCCCAGCAUGCGCACCCCGGGGAGCCCAGCCCUGGCCGCCCUCCAGAAGCCUUCUUCCCUGCCUGGCCUCCACACACACCCCGAGAAUGACAACGCUCCACAUUCUCCAGACAGUGAAAACAGUAACAGCCCGUCAGAAUUAAACAGUUCUAAGAGGAUAGCAGAGAAGCCUCCUCUUAUAAAAAAGCUAAGUGUGACCCUCGAGUCAACCCUGAACUUGGAGGAAGACCUUCACCCCCUAGUCACCUCCUCCUCCUCGCCUUCACCCUCGUGCCAGACAUCAUGCAUCACCACCAACACCUCAUCCUCCUCCACCACCAGCACUGCCGUGGUGGGCUACGUUAACGAGAAAGUCACUGACUCCUCUGGCAGCUGCGUUCACCACGCCGAUGGACAGGAGCAGCAGGACUUCGACAAUAAAUGCCGAAUCUCCGAUGAUGUAAAACUGAAGCGCAUUUCCCAAAUCUCUGUGAGCUCUAGCGCCUCUUCAGGAGUUGUGGCUCUCGAUGUCUCCACGUCAAGCACACGUUCAGCAACUCCACCGCCUCUCCCUGAACGUUCAGAUUCUCUCACGCCGCCAGAGGAGCCUCACCUGAAAACUGCAGCAUGGUUUCAGGCAGGCAUCCCUAGGGAGAUUGCUCUGGAGGUGCUGAGUCAUGAGCCAGUGGGGGCUUUCAUGGUGCGUGAGUCCACCAGCAAACCUGGCUGUUAUGCCCUCAGCCUCAGGGUGCCCCGGGACUUCACCGUGUCUGGCAUUGCACACUACCUAAUAGUCAAAACCAAUAAAGGUUAUAAGAUCAAGGGUUUCACGAAGGAGUUCAGCACAUUGACAGCCCUCAUCACCCACCACUCAGUGAUGCCGGAGCUGUUGCCUUGCCCUCUCUCACUAAGCCGCUACAACCCGACCUUCACGUCUGAUGAUCAGGCACGCAAUGAUUCCAAUGAUGACGAUCCAGACUACAACACACUUUCAGACUUUAGGAAGAUGAUGGCUGACCUGAAUGUGUGAGCUGUUUAAGGUAGAAAAUAGGUAUGGAAUGCUUCCAUGAUGUUAAAGUUUGACAACAUACAGCUAAGCCAGUAAAAUAUUCAUUUUAAUUUCCUAAACUGUAAAUAAGUUCCUUUCUUUUUACAUUCAUAAUGUUCAAACUUCCAAAUGUAUGUCAAAAAUUUAGUUACAUAUUAUCUUACAUUCUUCCCAUACGUAUCAUAUUUGUAUCGGAGCCAAAAUGCAACUGAUUGUCAUACAUACUUUAUGGUAAUAUUUGAGUUGUAUUAGAAAUACAAUUAAUUAAAAAGUGUUGAAAUAUAGUCUCAAAAAUAUCAGCAUUAAAGGUUUUUAUGAAAUGAAAUAGUAUCAAUCUAUAAAUUUUGUCUUGAAUGAAAUCCAUGACUCAACAUUUAACUAAGUCACAAAUAAGAAAACAUUUAUCCAAUUCUACUAAGAAGAGAUUGUUGUGUCAUUGUUUCAUAUAACAUUACAAGAAUAUAAUCCUGCUUUAUUUUUAUUUUUUUUAUAAUGCACUAUGUAUUACAACAUUUUUAAAGAUAUAUAAUUAAUAUUGAAUACUGUAUCUAACAAAUUUUUUAUUUUGUAAUCAAAUGUAUUUGAAUAUUUAUCAUCAUUUAGAAAACAAAAUCCAUUUUCUUUUAGUACUUUUUAAAGCUUUAUGCAUGUGAGACCAAUCUUCAAGUGUUUUGAUGAGGAAUGAUGACAUCCUCGCGUGAUGAUUAGUGCCACUUUUAUACAUAGAUAUUCUUGUGAGAACCUCAGCCCUGAUCAGUGAUUGUGAUGUUCACUGUAGGAUUCCUAGGUGUAUGUAUGGCUAAUUUGGUUCAAGCUAGAAAGAUUAUAAAAGAAAUUUUGUAUUGAAACCUUAUUUAUAUGAAUGCAUGGUUUGUCCAACGUGAUAAUUGGCAGAUUUUGAAUCACAAUUAUCUAUUCAACAACUGAAGUACUGCCUUUAUUUACAUACCUACUCUGUGGUCUAAAAAAGGCUGUGGCAUAAUUGAAUUAAUAGUUUAACAUUAAAUAUGGUACUUCAGCUGUAGAAGUGGAUUAAAAUUUUGCAUUACACAUACAUAUAUGUGAUUCGUAAUACAGUGGUGGCUCGGGUAAUGAAUUGAAUUUGAUCCAUAAUGUAGAUCGUAUCUUGAAACACUCAUAUCUUAAAACAAAUUUCCCCAUUUCAAAUAACAGAGAUCUAAUUAAUCCAUUCCACACCCAAAAAAUAUCAAUAUAAGAAUCAAUUAACAUGGAAUUUGAUGCAAAAUCAAAUUAAUUUUCUAACAAAUAACAAUGAUAGAUAUUAUAUAGUGGUCCCUCCCUAUAUCAUUGUGUGUGUUUUAAUGAAGCAAGAAAAACAGAAAGCAAAGAUUGUGUGAGUUGCAUUGUGUUUAUGGCAGGAGAGAGAGAGAGAGAGAGAGAGAGAGAGAGAGAGAGAGAGAGAGAGAGAGAGAGAGAGAUUGUUAUAUAACUGGAUGGAGGGGAGAUAAAUGGGAUGGAAGGGAGAUAAGUGUGUGUGUGUGUGUGUGUGUGUGUGUGUGUGUGUGUGUGUGUGUGUGUGUGUGUGUGUGUGUGUGUGUGUGUAUU